AUGGCCGAGCCUGUGGUUUCUGGGGUGCUGGGACAGUUGGCUUCCAUCGCAAUUGACUUGCUCAGAAGAAAGCUCAAAGACUUACAAGCUGUGCUGGAGGACGCCGAAAGGAAACAACUGGACGAUGCCGGUGUUAGACGUUGGUUGGAGAAGCUCACUGAUGUUUCUUACGACAUCGAUGAUGUGCUGGAGGAGUGGAGCACUGAAACUAUCAAAUCCGUAAUUCAGAAUCAAAAAGAAGCUGAUAAGAAGAAAAAGGUAUGUCUUCCAUUGACCUCUUCUUGCUUUUGUGUUAACCAACUUAAACGAGUUGGUGUUCGCCAAGAUAUUGUGCAGAGAAUCAAAGAGCUGAAUGAAACAUUAGAAGAGAUUGCCAAAGAAAAACAACAUUACUCAUUGGAAACAACAAAAGUUGUUCAAAAGCAGACAAGAGAGACUAUCUCCUUUCUUGAUGAGUCUCGAGUGUAUGGUCUGGAUGGGCCUAAGAGCGUUCUAAUUGAAAAGUUGCUCAAUGAGAGUGGUGAAGGGCGGCCUGGUGGUGGUAAAUCAAUUCCUGUUAUCAUCCCUAUUGUGGGGAUGGGGGGAAUUGGGAAAACCACUCUUGCCCAACUUGCAUUCAAUGAUGCAGAGGUCAAGACACACUUCUCCGAGCAGAUGUGGGCGUGUGUUUCAGACCCUUUUGACGAGAUUAAAGUUGCCAAAGCAAUUAUUGAAUCUCUCAAAGCUAGUCACCAAAAUUUAGGAACAUUGGAAGCUUUAUUCCAACGUAUUCGUGAAUCCAUCGAGGGAAAGAAGUUCUUUCUUGUCCUAGAUGAUGUAUGGAGCGAUGACCAUGAAAAAUGGGAAAAAUAUAUGCAAGUGCUUAGACUGGGUGCUGUAGGAAGUAGGGUGUUGGUAACAACCAGAAAAAAGGAAGUUGCGAUAAUGAUGGGAGCAGCCACCCAAAUGAUUACCCUGCAACUGCUGUCUGAUGAGCAUUGUUGGUCAAUAUUCAGUGCCUUGCAUUCAGGGAAAGAAACAGUGAAGAGUACAAAGAAUUUGAGAGAGUUGGGAGGCAAAUUGCAAGCAAGUGCAAAGGAUUGCCUCUGGUAG